GAUAGACUAGUAUGUUGGAGGAGUUGUAGGGGUGUGAUGCCACAACCUGCUUAUAAAGGGGCGCACACAUUGAAGCUUUAAAGCAGUGCUUAACGCCUAAUUUUGCAGGUCAUUCACCACGCACAGCCAGCCGUAGACAUGGAGUCGUUUAACGUGGUGGAGACGCUUCAACCUGCCGAAAGAGCGCUCUUCUGGGUCGGUGCAUUUACCACGGCCUCGCUGGCGCUGUGGCUGUUGUACAUGAUUGUCACUGGCUUUAGGAUAUGGGUGCUGGGAAACGGGGAUUUACUCUCUCCCAAAUUGGGAAAAUGGGCAGUUGUGACUGGAGCCACGGAUGGGAUUGGGAAAUCCUAUGCGGAGGAGCUUGCUCAUCGAGGAUUCUCCAUGAUGCUCAUCAGCCGCUCCCAAGAGAAGCUUGACGACGUGGCAAAGUUUCUUGAAAGCACGUAUAAAGUGGAAACAAAGACCAUUGCAGUGGACUUUGGUCAGAUUGACAUCUAUCCUAAAAUUGAAAAGGGUCUUUCUGGACUGGAAAUUGGAGUUCUUGUUAAUAAUGUGGGCAUCUCUUAUCCCUACCCUGAGUUCUUCCUGCACAUCCCUGAUCUGGAAAAUUUCAUCAACACCAUGAUUAAUGUCAACAUUACCUCAGUGUGCCAAAUGACUCGUCUGGUGCUGCCUAGAAUGGAGGCAAGAGCAAAAGGUGUUAUCCUCAACAUCUCUUCUGCCAGUGGCAUGUUCCCUCUUCCACUGCUGACCAUCUACUCCUCCACUAAGGCUUUUAUGGACUUUUUCUCACAAGGGCUUCAAGCGGAGUACAAGUGUAAAGGAAUCAUCAUCCAGAGCGUGCUACCUUUCUUUGUGGCUACUAAGAUGACGAAGAUCAGGAAGCCAACUCUGGACAAGCCCACACCUGAACGCUACGUAGCUGCUGAACUGACCACUGUGGGACUGCAGGACCGAACCAAUGGCUAUUUCCCUCACGCCGUCAUGGGCUGGGUGAUAACUGUCUUGGCUCCCAUAAAGCUGGUCCUCUACUUGGGUCUGUGCCUGAACAAGUCCCAGCGCGGUGGCUAUCUCAGGAGGAGAAAGCUGCGAUAGUUUUGAGGACAUUGUGUGACAGAGAUUAAAUGGAAAUAAAAUGCGACCAAAUGUUUUACAGAACGUAUGUGCUGAGAUUUGAGAUUCAGUAGUGAUUCUUAAUGGUGAAUCUUUGAAGUGCAUCCUCUUACAAUAUUUUUUUUUUUUAUGUUGUUUGUAUAUCAUGUUUUUGAAUGAAUGUCUAGACACUGCCGGCGUUCCACAAUGACCCACUGAGAAUGAAAUGUUGCUGAAAAUAAUGACUCUUGACUUGUUAGUUGCCUGGAAUGGGGACGUAUAGUUUUCUGUAUUGGGUGAAAAGUGUUACAUUGUUGCAGGGAGGGCUUUGUUGCCACUGCUGUUGUAAGCAGAGGGAUAUUGAUGAGGUGGUAGUGUUUUAUAUUUAUUUAAAAAAAAAUUUUACCUGGACUGUUUACUUGCACUCUUAACUGCGAAUAACUAUUUUGCAAUUGUGCCUUUUUUCCUUCUAAUAAGUGAUAAAUGGGGGUUGGCCUUUUAUAAUUUAGCAUAUUUAAAAAAAUCUAUGGUGGCUAUUUCUGAAUCUUGCACUGUUGUACUGUAUCCAUAUGAAACCAGAGGUCUGAAUAAGGUGUUUUUUUUGUACAUUGGCCUUUUCAGGCUUAAAGUUUACCUGUCAGCCUUGGUUUAUAUAAAACCUGUGUGCCUUUUUUUUAUACUGUAGGAUUUGAAGUUGUUCACGUUUAUUGAAAGGAGAUCUUUGCUAUCUGUUUGUAUGCAGACCUAACGCACAUUUAUAUGCUAACCAUGUAGAUUAAUAUCGCUAAUUGUCUGAUUCGUUCAUGGACUUAUUUGAGGAAUACCUCCACAUUUUAGAUCUCUGUAUGAUUAUUUUCGGAGCAAUGUCAGUCAAGUUGAAAUGUCCAGGUGGUUGAACCUCAUUGGUCGCCUCUGGUUUAAAACCUGGAAUGUGCUCAUUCCAGACAUAUCGAAGAGUGGAACACGAUGUACUGCUUACUCGGGUGCAAUAAUCUGAAAUAUUUGUUUGUUAAUAAAAUUAC